AUGAACGAAGCACUGGGUUCAAUCUUCUCAGGCGCAAUCCCCGCCCAAUUCAUGUCUUCCUCCGAAAAACCCCAAGAUGGGUCCCCAUCCGAAUCCUCAUCCGCAACAAAAGACCGCAUCGUAAAAGAAAUCCACAGCCGCGUCGAAGAAGCAAAAAAUCUACAAGAAAAAUCAAUCGAACUCCACGAAAAAGCAGACAAUGAAUCCGAUCCCGAAGAAGCAGAGAAUAUUCGAUUUGAAGCAAGACAAAUCGAUAAGAAAGCAGCCAAGCUUAUGAAAACUGCUGAACGACUUGAAAAGGGCUGGUUGCAGGGCGGUGCCAUGGGGACGGGGAUAGGUGCUGGUGUGGCGAGCGGACUAGGCAUGGGUGUGGGAGCAUUGUUGACGGGUGUUGUGGCUAUUCCUACUGCUGGGUUGGGACUGUUAAUUGGAGCGGGGACAGGACUUGCGCAUGGGAGUUGGGUCAAGUUUACGGAUGCUUUUAGUAAGGAGGAGACUGAGGGGAUUGUUAAUGAGGCUACGGAGGAGGCUGAGAAGAUUGCAAAGGGAGCUGAAGAGAAGAAGGUCGAAUGUCUCUUGGCAAUCACUCUUCUCUUGACUGCUCUUUGGUCAGCGGCCGACAAAGAAACGCAUCGCGACGCCGAAGCGGCAGAAGUCGAAAGACCUCGCUUCGCAAAUGAAGCCCUUCGUAAGCUAUGGACAACUAAAACCCUCGGCAUAGCAAUUGGCUGUCUUCUGUUGAUGAACUUCUUCAUGAAUCUAACAGUCUACACACAAAAUGUCUACGAGCCGUACGCGACGAGUCAUUUCAAGGCGCAUUCUCUCCUAGCCACUGGCUCAAUCGUCGCGGGAAUUGUGAGGAUUGUUUCAUAUCCGCUUUUGGCCAAGCUUGCAAACCAUUUUGGUAGACCGCAGGGGUUUGCCGGUGGUGCCCUCGCCAUGGCUAUCGGAAACGCGAUGUAUGCAUCCUGUCGCAACGUCGAUACCUUCCUGGCUGGUACAAUCUUUGACGUACUGGGCGACUCAGCUUGGAACAUCGUCCAACAGAUCUUCAUAGCAGACAUAACCUCCCUCGUAAACAGAGGUAUCCUCUUCACCCUCCCCGAAUCCCUCUCCGCGAUACCUACACUCUACGGCGGAACAUAUCUCGGCGAGCAUAUACUUCUAAACUCUUCUUGGAGAUGGGGAUACGGUAUGUGGAGUAUUAUUCUUCCCGUUACUGCGAUUCCUACUAUUGGGAUCAUGGUAUGGAUGAAUCGACGUGCCAAACGUGUUGGUCUUGUUGCUGAGAAGGUGUCUUUCAUGCACGGUGCUCAGAGUGGACCUUUGGGGAAGGUGAAGCAUGUUGGAGUCCAGUUAGAUCUUUUCGGUGCUUUACUUCUUGUUGCGGGUUUGGCGAUGACUUUACUCCCCAUGACCAUCGCAGGACGCAACAACACCGAUCGCUGGAGUCGCCCAUCCUCCAUCGUUCUCAUCAUCCUCGGUGCUCUAACCUUCAUCGCCUUUCUCGUCUGGGAUGGCAAGUUUGCUUCCAACCCCAUCAUUCCUUACCGAACAAUCCGCGAACACAACGUCAUCGUUGCUUGCGCAUCGGUUAUUAUUAUCGCUAUGUCGGAUAGUAUCUACCGGCCAUUCCUUUCUAGCUUUUUGCAAGUUGCGGGUCAUUAUUCGCCUGGUGCUGCGACGCGAGUGGAUGAUGCGCAGCGUGUGGCUUAUAAUGUUGGUGCGCUUGUAGCUGGUUUGUCGCUCAAGUUUAUCAAGAACACGAAACCUCUUAUCAUGGUUGGAGUUGUCUGCAUCAUCUUGGCUGCUGGGCUUCCGAUUUACCUAACAAACAUUUCUGGCACACAUAUAGCUAGCGAAGCUGCCUUCAUCACCACAAAGUCACUCCUCGGUGUUGGUAGAGGCUUUACUCAAGUGCCCCUCCAAGUAUCCCUCCAAGCCGUUCUCGAAAACGAGCAAGUCGCCAUCGCAACAGCCGUCUACCUCUCUUCCCUAGGCUUUGGUUCCAAUCUCGGUGUAACAGUCAGCGGCGCAAUCUGGAACUCCCUCCUCCCCCGCAAACUCAUUGCCAAUUUCGGUCAAGCCGAAGGACGCAAGAUCUUUGGGUCUAUCGUCGUUGCGAAAAACUACACAAUCGGUAGUGCUGACCGAAUCGCUAUUGAUGAAUGUUAUCGGGAGACGCAGCAGACUCUUGCUAUUGGAUCUGUGUGUGUUUCGGGGUUGUUGCUUUUGAUGGUUUAUCUUGUUAGGAAUGUCAAGUUGGGUGAGGAGGAUGAGAAGAGGGCUGCUAAGGCGGAUGAGGAACUUGCUUGGGCUGUGAAGCAGAGGGAGACUGAGGGUGAUGGAGCUGUUGAGGUCGGUAAGAAGGAGUAG